AGCCCGGGGCGGGGAAAGCGUGGCGCACGCCCGGCGCGGGCCGCGUCCGGAGCCGUAAGUCCCGGCGGGGCGGCGCCCUAGCGCCCGUGCCUGUGGGCCCCGCUUCAGGGACGAGUCGGGCGCACCCUCGGCCUUCCGCGGAGACUCACGGCGCUCUAGGGGUCUGAGCAGAGGGCUGGACGUAGGUGCAAUGGCCCUGGUGCCCUAUGAGGAGACAGCGGGAGUGGGGCUACAGAAAUUCCACAAGCCUCUUGCCACCUUCUCCUUUGCAAACCACAAGAUCCAGAUCCGGCAGGACUGGAGGCAACUGGGAGUCGCAGCAGUGGUUUGGGAUGCGGCCAUCGUUCUUUCCGCGUAUCUGGAGCUGGGAGCCGUGGAGCUCAGGGGCUGCUCUGCCGUGGAGCUGGGAGCUGGCACGGGGCUGGUGGGCAUAGUGGCCGCCCUGCUGGGUGCUCAUGUGACUAUCACGGAUCGAAAAGUAGCAUUAGAAUUUCUUAAAUCAAACGUUCAAGCAAACUUACCUCCUCAUAUCCAACCCAAGGUGGUGGUUAAGGAGCUGACUUGGGGACAAAAUUUGGGGAGUUUUUCACCUGGAGAAUUUGACGUGAUACUUGGAGCUGAUAUCAUAUAUUUAGAAGAAACAUUCACAGAUCUUCUUCAAACACUGGAACAUCUCUGUAGCAAUCACUCCGUGAUCCUUUUAGCUUGCCGAAUUCGCUAUGAACGGGAUAACAACUUCUUAGCAAUGCUGAAGAGGCAAUUUACUGUGAGUAAGGUUCAUUAUGAUCCUGAAAAAGAUGUACAUAUCUACAAAGCACAGAAGAGAAACCAGAGGGAGGACUUAUAAUUGGCUAUAAUUUAUAAGAAUGUUGUUAUUGGGUGUGUCCCUUAAGGUCUUAAACUGGGAUUCUAACCAUAUUUAAUGACAUGGCUUACUGUACAAAAAGUCUACCCAAAGGUUCUCAGGGGACAAAGCACAUGUGCAGUUUUAAAACAAAGCCGUGCUCUGUCCCAUUGCUGUGAUUUUUAGUCAUAUUUUACUCACUCUGAAAUUUAACAUUAAAGGAAAGUAUGAAAUUUU